CUCCCUUUCAUUCGAGGCAACGAGCUGACCACCGGGGGACACUUUUUUUUUUUUUUUCACGGGAUGGACAAUUCAGAUCAGGUCGCACAGGCUAUUCAGGCACUUGUCAGGUUACAGUUGCAGCGGGAUGGACAUUCAAAUGGAGACCGGAUGGAUUUGGACAUGGACCCGAGCCAGGACCAGACUGCAGCAGCCGACGCCGCUUACGAGGCCACCAUAAAGGCUGCCCAGGAAUACUGUCUUCGAAUUCUAGGAAGCCGCAUGGCUCCUUCGCUUGUCUCGGACGAUAUCCAUAUGUCGGAUCUUAUCAAGAAGAAGCUUAUGCGGGAAGACCCUACCUCUGCCAAGGCGAUCCGAUUCUCUCACCUCUAUACCAAAUUGUCAGCUUGUUCAGUGUUGACGAAAAAGUGGUCCAUUCUGUAUUUCCUCCUCGCCGUCAGUGAGCAAUCAUCGACUGCAGCACUCGACAGUCGCUCCAACAACCAGCCACUCUCCUUCUUGGGACUUCAUAAUCUGGAUACAGCACGGACACGGGACCGGAAGGGUACUGAGCAGGCGGACACGACCAUGGCUUCACAUUCAGGACACGGAUCAACCCAUAUACCUUCACAAUCCCGGACCACGGCCUAUGCCAAUCUUUUGAAUGAUCAGAUCAGGAAUGGUCAGCAAGAGGUGGAAGAGUCGGCACUGCUCCGUGAUUUGAUUUUUGUCUUUCAAGGAAUCGACGGCAAGAUUGUUAAAUUCGGCGCAGAGUCAGGAGCAUGUGCGAUCGACCCGUCUGUCAAUAUCUCCAAUGCUACAAGAAGCCUUGUCAAUCGACUCACAGAACUUGGAUGGCUUUAUAAGAAGAUCGACGCAUAUAUCCAAAAGACGCUCAAGGAGGGAAUUGCCGGACUUGUUGGACAGAGCUUUUGUUCCGCACUUCAACACGAGCUGGUUGAUUAUUUUCGACUCAUAGCAGUAUUGGAGGCUCACAUAACAAAGGACUCAGUUGCGGAUGGAUCAAAAGGAUUGUCUUUGAAGCGACUUCUCGUUUGGACGCAGGAAUCACUGCAGCGAUUGCGACUCAUGUCUGUCUUGGUGGAGUGCUGUCAAAAUUUACAGGGUGGUGCUCUGGUCUCAAUGGUCCAUGAUUAUACCCAGCAUGGAGAUCCGCUUAUCCAGCAGUUCAUCCAUCAUAUGCUUGAACGGAUCUCCGCACCGUUCUACGUCAUGAUGCAACGCUGGAUCUACGAGGGAGAGCUGGAAGACCCACGGACAGAGUUUUUUAUAGCAUAUGAUCCUGAUGUCGAGGAGGAGGACAUGUGGCAGCGGAAAUACUUUAUUCGCGAGGAGAUGCUGCCCGCUUUUAUCGAUAUGGCCUUGGCAAAGAAGAUUCUUUCCAUAGGCAAAUCCCUCAAUUUCUUGAGACACAAGUGCGAUGAUGCGGACUGGUUGUUACAGCACCAUGGCGUGGGAAAGUCCCUGAAAUAUGGCGAUAUCGCUGAGUUGGAGGGAUCAAUAGAUGCAGCCUACAUCGGCACUAGUCAGCGCCUUCUUCACUUACUAGUGACCAAGUUCAAGUUGGUCGACCAUCUCACUGCCAUUAAGAGAUAUAUUCUUCUCGGCCAAGGUGACUUUAUUCAGCAUCUUAUGGAGUCGCUUGGGUCAAAUCUCUCGCAGCCUGCAAACACUUUGUUUCGGCAUAACCUCACAGGAACUUUGGAAACAGCCAUACGGAGUUCGAACGCGCAAUAUGAUGACCCCGACGUUCUGCGCCGUUUGGACGUUCGACUGCUGGAAAUCUCACCGGGAGACAGUGGAUGGGAUGUAUUCUCGCUUGAUUACCAUGUGGACUCGCCCAUCAACACCAUUUUAACACCCGUGGCCAUGCACCAAUACCUCAAGAUGUUCAAUUUCCUGUGGCGCGUUAAAAGAGUCGAAUAUGCGCUUUCGUCUGCAUGGAGACGCCAGACGACGAGUGCCAGGGCUAUCAGACCUAUUCUAGAACUCGUGCCAGAACUACACCAUUGCCGGAUUGUCUGCAGCGAGAUGAUUCAUUUCGUGUAUCAGCUCCAGUACUAUAUCCUCUUCGAGGUCCUUGAAUGCUCAUGGGACGAACUUUUGAAGGCCAUUGGGAGCCAUGCCACGGACCUGGACUCGUUGAUCGAGGCUCACACCAAAUAUCUGCGGGAUGUCACUUCGAAGGGUCUUUUGGCAGCGUCACACGACGUGAACAUGAUGCCGCGCUUGCUCGAGCUUUUGGCGACGAUCCUGGACUACAAGGUCGCGCAGGACAACCUUUACAAUUAUGCUUUGGCUGAGGUUGAGCGUCGAGAACGUCUUGCUCAGACCGCAGAUCGGAGGACACGCCAUGGACAGUGGGGUCUGACAGACCAGGAUGAUACCCUGGAUAGGAUCCCGGACGAGCAGUUCGAGGAGUUGAUCCCUGGGCUUUUAAGGUCCUUGACCGAGUACUCUAUGCAGUUCAAGCGCGAGCUCUCGGAUUUGCUGAUCACGCUCUCUGCGGAUGGGGACUCGGACCUGCGGUUCUUGAGCUUCAGACUGGACUUUAACGAGUUCUACCUGGGAUCCUUAAAGGCUGCAACUGCAGGCGUCCGGAAACCGACAGCACUACGCUAGAGGUGCAGGCAUCUCAUUAGCUGGACAAGACCAUGGCGAAGGAUAGGGCGUGGU